AUGGAACAAGACUUCCAGUCGUUGAGCAAGGGAGUCUUUGUCAUACCAUACGAGGAAAGGGAAGACGAAUCUCAACCUGGACCUUCUCGGCCGCUGAAGCCUUUCUAUGACCAAGUAUAUCAACGUUAUGUCGCUGCUUAUGAGGCAUACGAAUCAGAACGAGUAGAAGAGCAACUAGACGAUAUUUCAGAUUGGCUCACAGCUGCAUCCGCUCCACCGCUCAUCCCUCCGCCCUUUACGAUAUAUCGAUUGCCCGUGGCUGUGAUACAGAACAUCUCAUCUUCACUUCCCCCUUUACUGAGUGGUCUGGUCAAACAUGCAUAUACUUUGUCAACGAGGGAAGCGGCCGAUUUGUCAAGUGCUACCAGGGCUGUGGCGGUAGGAUUCAUGGGAGAAGCUCUAAGUGGACAGGGAUCUGGGGUCCAUAAAGCUAGUCGUAGUCCCAUCGAGGCACUGGAGCAGUGGUACGUCCGAAAGAAAGAUCGACCUCCGUUAUUGCUUCACAUCCAAGAUGCUCAGAUUCUGCCUCCUGGGAUUCUCUCAGAGUUGAUAUACAUAAUGACACUACAUCCCAAUCUGCCCUUCCGAAUCCUUGUUUCUGUACCGAGUAUAUCUACCUUCUUGUCGUCCUGGUCACACAUUGAGCCUAGCUCCAUCGACAUCAGCGUCUUACAUUCUGGUCGGAGACGACGAGAAGGUGGAGUGAAUGCGAUUUUGAAAGCUGCAACCGAUCGCUCGUCCACCCUUCUAGCUAUCUCGGCCGAGUUUGCAGAAGAACUGAGGCAGACAGAGGAGAUGACUGGCGGUGGGGCGGCUGAGACAUUGAAAGCUUUGAAAUGGGCUUUACUUCGACACAGUGUGACUUCACCUCUUGCUAGUCUCGCCGAGGAGUCUGAUGGGUCAAGAUUGGAGAUGCUUCGACAAUUGAUCAAGGGUAUGAGAGACUCUGUGGACGUUCCGGGGAAAGAGUUAUUUACCGUGGAGUCUUCUACCGAGCUUCAUUCGACAUUCAAUCCGGCUCCAAGAAUCUCGAUACUGCAUGCUCUCGCCGACCCGUCGGCAUUCAUCAAGCCGUCUGCAGCAUCGCUGGUAGAACUCGCAUCGGCAACCGGCAGUGCAUCGAGAGCGAGCGCGAAAGGCAAAGCAAACGAACACUCGACUGACACGGAGCAUCAAAUGAACGGAUGCAGUGGAGAAGAUCAAGAGCAAGGCGGGGUCUUCAAAGAAUUGGAGCUAUUGUAUUCGUUGUGGCAAUCGGCGGGGAAAAGCAUCAACCUCUGGGAUUGGCUGGAAGGGUUUAGAGACGCGAUGACGGAGCAUGCCGACGUCCCACACCCGGAUUCGACAGCAGAUGAUGACGAUCACAUCGAAGGGGCAGACAACCUGAUCAACGGCCAUGCCAGGAAGAGGAAGCAUCGAAGUGACGAUGAGGAAGAGCAGGCAGAUGGUGUGGCCAACCAGACGACGCAAGGGGAACCGGUGGACGAGGAAAGAGAUGUGCGAUUACAUGCUGCCUUCGUACGAUUCUGCGAGGAGUCUCGAAUGCUUGGCCUGGUGAGGGGAAAAGGGAAGGGAGUGAGACGUAGAGGGGAUGAAGUUGUCAAGGGCAUCGGACUGUUGUAG